AUGCAAUAACAGACAGGAAAAUUUAUGGAAUUUAUUAAUAGUAAUGAUAAGUUUAGAAUCAAUGAGUUGAAAUAAAUAGAACAAGAAUAAUACUAUAUUAGCUAAUUGAAAGAAUAAAGAGAAAGGGUAUAAAUAUAUUGAAAUAGAAUUUAGAUGGAAGUAUUAAAAGUUGAAUUCUUAAAGAAAGAUUAAGUGAUAGGAGAAUUGUAGAUUCAAAAUAAAAAUUUAAUGGAUGAUCUUGUUUAGCUAAGGAUUGCUUUAUAAGAACAAAUAAAGAAUUAAGAAAAAGAGAUAUAGAGGUCUAAGAAAUAUAUUUAAGAAAGAGAUGAUUUAUUAAGAGAUUUUCAAGAAUUAAGUGACAUAGUUUAACAUUUGAGAAAGGAUAAUGAUAAUUUGAAUGUAAAUGAAAUAUAUAAAUUUAGUCGUUACAUUUAGAAAAAUAACAUGAAAUAGAAUAACAGAGAAUGUAAUAGGAGAUAAAAAAUGAGCAUUUAAAAACUGAAAUUUAAAAGCUUGAUAAUUUGUUAUUUGGAAUGGAACCAAUUAAAGUAGAAAAUUAGAAAUUAAAAGAAGAAUUAAAAAAUUAUAAAAAUGAAAGAAAGAAAAUUGAAAAUGAAAUGAGAUAAAGUAGAAUAGAAAUAAAUAAUUAAAUAGAAGAAUUAAAGAAUGUGAUAUAAGACUAAUAGAAGGAAAUAGUUAAAUUGCAAUAAUAUAAGGAAAGUCAUAAUUAAAUAAAAUAUUAGUUAAGUGAAUUAGAUAGUUAUGUGAAUAAAGUGAAGUAAGAAAAUGAAUAUUUGAAGUAAUAAUUGAAGAGAUUUUAUGAAAAGGAAGAAAGUGAAAUUAAGAGGAAAUCUGAAAUUGAUAGAGUAUUAAAUAUGUUUUUAAUGUAUUAGGUUAGACAAGAUUUGGUUUCAUUAAGAAAUUAAGAAGUGGAGAAAUUAAAUGAACUUUUUAAAGGGAUUGGAUUAUUACUUAAGAUUUAGUCAGAUAUUAUUUGA